ACAAAGGCAAACCCUAUAAGUUGGACGCUUGUCUCUACAUCUCAUAUUAGAAAGAGACUUCAUAGAUCAUAACGAAGACCAUUGCUGAGAAUCAUUCAGAGAGAGAGAAAGAGAGAGAUGGGGAGGCCACCAUGCUGUGACAAGGUUGGUGUAAAGAAAGGGCCAUGGACACCGGAGGAAGACAUCAUCCUGGUCUCUUACAUUCAAGAACAUGGACCAGGGAAUUGGAGAUCAGUUCCCACGAAUACUGGUUUGCUCAGAUGUAGUAAGAGCUGCAGACUUAGAUGGACUAACUAUCUCCGACCCGGUAUUAAGCGUGGAAACUUUACUGAUCAUGAAGAGAAGAUGAUAAUCCACCUCCAAGCUCUUUUGGGUAAUAGAUGGGCAGCCAUAGCAUCCUAUCUUCCCCAAAGGACAGACAAUGAUAUUAAAAAUUAUUGGAAUACCCAUUUAAAGAAGAAGCUCAAAAAGCUUCACACGGGUCUCGAUGACCAUAACCAAGAUGGGUUCUCAGCCUCACAGCCAAUAUCCAAAGGUCAGUGGGAGAGAAGGCUCCAAACAGACAUCCACAUGGCCAAGAGAGCCCUUUGCGAGGCUUUGUCUCUUGACAAACCAAGCCAAUUACCUGAAUCCAAUCCCUUCGAUGGCUAUCAUCCGUACACUAGACCAUAUCAAGCAUCCAUAUAUGCAUCCAACGCCGAAAACAUAGCCCGAUUGCUCGAGAACUGGAACAAAAAUUCCCCAAAAUCAGUUCAGAAAAACAACUCACAAAACACCCAGAAUUCCUCUAACAACCUCGUAAUUGCAAAUGGUUCCAGUCCUAGUACCGAAGGUGCCACAACACCAGAUGCUUUUGACUCGUUGCUGAGCUUCAAUUCCCCCACCUCUGAUGUCUCUCAAUCCGUGUCUGUGGACGAGACUGCAAAUUUGACCCCAGAAAUGAACCUCGUCCAAGACGAAAGCAAGGCAGAUUUGGAGACUCAAGUCCCUCUUACGUUUCUGGAGAAGUGGCUCUUUGAGGAUGGCGCAACUCAAGGUCAAGAUGUCGACCUAAUUAACAAUAUGUCAUUAGAGGAUAAUCCAGGGUACUUUUAAACAAUCAAGUUCAGCCUAACUAGGUUUAGUAGUU